AUGGAUGCCGAUGUCGAUGAGAUCGAUGUCGAUGAUGACGAUGACGACGAUGCUGGCAUAUUCAGCAUCGCCAACGACCGCCAAAGUGAGGAAGAUGACGCCCUCACUGGUAGAGACAUCGUCCUUUUAGUAGUGCAGACGAAGCGCACUGCUGUUGACAAGGAUGAACCAGCAGAGGAAUUUCUUCUGACUCGCGAAGCGGCUGUCCGCUUCAUUCAAGACUCUAUUGCAGAUGCACUAGAAAGACGGAAAAGAAAAGCAGACAAACAUGGAAGAGCAAAUGUUCUUUUGUUAAAUGAAGGAGGCCUAGUUUUUCUGUCUUCAGUAAUUCUACCGAAACACGCAGUGACAAACGUGGGCAGCAGUAAAUCACUGCCCAAGUACAUCGGUCCAUUUUGA